AUGAAGUCCAAUUCUUUCGCUUUUAUUCCUUGCAGAGGAUCGGCUAUUUUUCCAGUCCUCCUCCUCCUGCUGUUUCUAAUGAAUUUAUUUUCAGUCAAUUCUACCUAUGUAUAUCAUAAAUGCGAUAAUUCCUCAACUUUCACGGAUGGCAACACUUAUUCCACAAAUUUGAAUCUGGUUAUCAACGAUCUGUUUCUUAAUGCACCUGAAAAUUCAGGGUAUAACACUUCUUCCCGUGGCCAAUCUCCCAAUGAGGUCUAUCGUCUGCUGCAGUGUACUGGAAAAAUAUCCGCAGUGAGAUGCUCAAACUGUCUGGUGGAAGCGAAUAGCACUAUUCGAAACCGUUGCGCCAACGACAUAGCACUAGAUGCUCAUGGAGUUCUGUUGGUGAACGAGAAUAGAAUAAUUGGGGAGGCUUUCAGGAACACAACCACUGGGCUUCUGUCGAAUCUGUCUGACAAAGCUUACAUCCCUGCAAAUAAGGGAUUCGCUGCUGGAACAGCCAAAUAUAAUGCUACAACAAUGUUAUACGGUUUAGCUCAGUGUUGGAGAGAUAUAUCAAUAGAAGAUUGUAAAUCAUGCCUGUUUAAAGCAAGAACAGUUAUCAGUAAUUUUUCAAACGAAGGGAUUCAGGUUCAGUUGGGAAGUUGCAAGGCAAGACUUGAGACAUACCCCUUUUUGGAUUCUGCUGAGUCGCCCUCUCCCUCCCCUGAGGGAUCCAAUCCAACUGCAUCAACACCUCCACCGUCUCCGACGGUAACCCCCUCGCUUAAUACCUCCAAUGGAACUUCUGCGACGACAUCAAAAAAGAGGCAUGGAAUUUCCCCUGAAUCUGACUUACUUAUGCAAGACAAACCAUUUCUCUUCGGCCUAGAAAUGCUAGCAGAAGCCACAGAGAAUUUUCAUGAAAAAAAUAAGCUUGGAGAGGGAGGUUUCGGUGUGGUAUACAAGGGAAAAACUAGAGAUGGAAAUGAGAUAGCAGUAAAAAAGCUUUCAGUCAAAUCUACACAAGGAAAGAAAGAAUUUAUGAAUGAAGUGAAAUUAGUGGCUAAUGUUCAACAUCGAAACCUUGCAAAGUUGCUAGGAUGUUGUGCCGAGGGAGGUGAAAGGAUGCUUGUUUAUCAAUAUUUUCCUAACAAGAGCUUGGACACGUUUCUGUUUGAUUCAGAGAAGGGUAGAGAACUAUAUUGGCUAAAACGUCAUAACAUUAUCACUGGAAUUGCACGUGGGCUUCUCUACCUUCACCAGGAUUCACAGCUGCGAAUUGUUCAUAGAGAUAUUAAAGUACAUAAUAUUUUACUCGACGAAAAACUCAACCCAAAGAUAGCUGACUUUGGUUUGGCCAAACUUUUUCCUGAAGACGAGACACAUAUUCAUACAAGAGUUGCAGGCACAUACGGUUACAUACCUCCAGAGUAUGCAGCGCGAGGGCAUUUGUCAGUUAAAGUGGACGUUUACAGUUUUGGAGUGGUGUUGCUUAAGAUCAUCAGUGGAAGGAAACACAAUGAUACUGAUCUUCCAGAUCAUAUGCAAAACCUGUUGGAAUGGGUAUGGAAACUAUUCAAUGGAGGAAAUGCGCUGGCUAUGAUAGAUUCAAAGGCAUCAAAAGUCAAUCAGGAGCAGGCCUUAAGAUGCAUUCAUCUUUGGCUUUUGUGUGUACAGGAUGAUGCAACACUUCGUCCAGCUAUGUCUGAUGUUGUUGUGAUGCUCUCUAGCAACUCAGUGACAUUGCCAGAUCCUUCAAAGCCUGCUUUUGUAACUAAUAGAGAAAGCUAUGCUUGA